GAUAUUGUUCCUUAGGAAUAAAUAUUGAUAAUCAUAAUAACUUUACUCCCACUACGAAUGCUUUCGAAUGCCUUGAUGAAUUAACCUCAAAACCUCUUGGAACUCAUUUUUGGGCUUAUUCAAAUUGGAAAAGAUUCAAUUCGAUUUUUCUCGGUGCACAAGACGGCUCUAAUAAUGCGAUAACUCAUAUAGAUGAUAUUAAAGUUAACCUUACUCCAGAAAAAAUUAAUAAAACACCAGAUUUAGUUUUUGAAAUUGUACUAGGAGCAUAUGUUGGCCUGAUGGCCACGGCAGUAGCUGCAUUAGGAGCGAGCGCAAUAGCAGGUGAAGUAGUUACAACAGAAGUGGGUGUAGAAGCGAAUGCGAUUUAUGUUGAAAAUGAAGCUGUUGUAGCUGAGGCAAAUUUUGGUAAAGAAUUGAUCACAUACGCAGAAAAAGCUCAACAAGAA